CUUAUUUAAAAAUUCCAAAAUGAGGAUGCCUUGCUCAAGUUGAAAGCAAUGGUAGGGACUGCUGUUCUUGAACUAACAGUGUCUUAAUUUAAUUCACCUGGAAGGCAAAAGCAUGUGAUACUUCAGUGACAUUGUCUUCUGCUGGUGCCCACAAAUUUAUUUUCAACACAUAACAGGAUUCUAUGAGUUGCCAUUGCCUAUUUAAACACAUUCAAAGAGGUGUCUACCACCACAACUCUCAGCAAAAUUUGAUAGUAUUCAAAGCUUUCUUUGCUCUUGAGGUCUUUGAUACAUAUUCUUUCUUUGUUUUCUCAUCUAUAUUAAAACUAAAAGAUCAUGGCUAUCCGUAUGCCUCGAAUAAUCAAGAAGUCUUCAGAUAUUCCCAAGGGUCACUUUGCUGUGUAUGUUGGAGAGGAACAGAAGAAGAGAUUUGUGAUUCCGAUAUCAUUCUUGAGUGAACCUUUAUUUCAAGAUUUGCUUAAUCAAGCUGAGGAAGAAUUCGGCUUUGAUCAUCCAAUGGGUGGUGUCACAAUUCCCUGCACCGAGGAUUUGUUUGUUAAUCUUACAUCUCGCUUGAGGAAGUGAUAUGAAAACCAAUCCCCAUUCUUUUGCUUACACAAUUUUGUAACUAUGUUAAGCAGGAUUUUCAGAGUGUACAGUUCAGGAGUUAGAAAAAACAGUAACUUGACGUUAGAAUUAGGGGAGUCUAACUAGGUAGACUAAUGAAUUUAGCUCCAUAAAAGAAUGGAGAUGUAAUACCCUUUGUGUCUUGAUUAAGUUGACACUUUUCUACUUCAAAGGAAAUUGAAGCAAUGAUAGUUUUUUACUUCUAUGGUUCCAUUCAAUUCCUUAUAUUGAUUGAAUAACUCAUUGCAAUAUAAAAAUUCUGUGUACAAUGAGCUUGUUGAUCGGUUUUCUUUGUUCUUAUCUGAUCCAAGAUCUUAAGCAUUUCCAUUCCUGAUUAAAAUGUGUAAGUUAAUUUACUUAUAAUAAGAUAUGGCAUCUGUACUUUUCUUGAAUAUUGAAUACAGAUAUCUGGCAAUAACAAGAUUAUGACUUACAAUAAUGGAAAUUUGGAAAUUGUAGCCUUCUGUAUUCUCUGUUAUUUGGAAACAUUUACUCUGCUGAGAUAAUUUGAGUAAUUAUUAUCUAGAUAGUUGAUCGUGCAUAAUGACUUAGCAUGAGGGACCAAACAACUUUGUCAGAUAUUGCUGUAAAUUCAUUUCUAAUUGUAGAGUUGUUGAAUUACAAGACAAUUACACAUGGUUAUAAUUUGAUCAAAGAUCAUGUGUUAGACAAUUACCUUUUAUCUAUUCGAUUUCUAAAGAUCCUCUGUUCUCUAUCUAGUCUGUGGCCUGCUGUUCUUCAGGCACAAUGGCCUAAAAUCAUAUAUACUUGACAAUGAGUUGAGUAGCAAAACCAUGUGAUACUUCAUGUGCUAUUGUCAAUCAACAGUACAACAAAUGCCUCUCCACCAGUUAAAAUCUUAUAUAUGAUUGAUUUGUUUUCUCUUAUAAAUGGACACAUGACAGUUUGCAUCUGGGGUAUGUUACAGUCCUAGUGGAUAGUGUUCCAGACACAAAUCAUCACAAGACACCACCAUUUUUAUGGAUUUGAUUCUGAGAGAUCCUUUGUUCCAUGUAUGAGAAAAAAGGUAGGACCUAUUGUUGUUGAACUUAUAUGAGCUAUAAUGUUGUCAAUUAGUUGGAAGACAGAACCAUGUGGUAAUUGAUAUAUCAUUGUCUUCACCACAAAUAAUGAGAUUUUAUGACUUGCCAUUUGCUUAUAUAAACUUGUUUUGCGAAGUUGUCACCACCACAACUCUCCACAAAACAAAGAAUACUACUUGAAGCUUUUCUCUUCUUUCAGGAUCUUAAAGUAUUCUUUCU